AUAAAAAUGAGCGUGUAGUUUUCUGACGUUUACUUGUGGACGACUCCGGUUGUGAAGAGAAAUUUGUGUCUGGCGGAGGAUUCAAUUUUCAAUUUCCCAAAAUGUUGAAACCUUCACGAAUGCUGUUCCGUUCGACGGUACAGUGUAUCCGCGGAAUAUGUGGUACUUCCGCAAGGCUGAGCGACAACUUGUUCGUACACCGGGACACGCCUGAAGAUAACCCGGGUAUACCGUUUGAGUUUAGCGAGGAAAACAAAAAGAGGGUGAAAGCCAUUCUAAACAUAUACCCAGAUGGCCACAAACGAGGUGCCAUGAUCCCUCUGUUGGAUCUGGCUCAACGUCAACAUGGUUGGCUUCCAAUUUCUGCAAUGCAUAAAGUAGCCGAUAUUUUGGGUUUGCCCAAUAUGAGAGUCUACGAAGUUGCCACAUUUUAUACUAUGUUUAUGAGAAAACCAACGGGAACGUACCAUAUUCAGGUGUGCACUACUACACCAUGCUGGCUGCGCGGAUCCGACGAUGUACUGAACACGUGUAAAAGCAAACUUGGCAUUGGAGUAGGAGAAACAACCAAGGACGGUAAAUUCACGAUUUCUGAAGUUGAAUGCCUAGGAGCUUGUGUUAAUGCACCAAUGAUGGCGGUCAAUGAUGAUUACUAUGAAGAUCUUACCGCUAAAGACACGGAGGAAAUUCUGAACGAUUUGAAGCAAGGUAAGGUACCUCGUGCGGGACCACGGAACGGUCGUUUUGCUUCGGAACCAGUUGGUGGGCUGACAUCGCUAACCGAAGAGCCAACUGGACCUGGUUUCGGCCUUCAGGCUGGAUUGUGAGCCCUUUAAUAGCAAAUGGGUUCGAUAGCUAUUGCAGAAAUAAAGCUCUUAAUCAACAGUUA